AUGAAAUGAAUGCAAUUUCUCUUACAGCCCUCUGAUGAUGUGGCUGCUGUACAAGUGCGACCUUUUAAAGAGGUGCCUAGGCCAGGAAAAUUGAAGUUUAUGCGCGGCUUUAUGCCAGGUGGAGAGUUUCAUGAUACUUCAUUCAUGGAGUUUACCGAUGCUAUGCGUAAGCGUUAUGGCAAUAUCUUUAUAAUACCCGGCACAUUGGGACGCAAGGAUUGGGUGGCUACCUUCAAUACCAAAGAUAUUGAGACAGUGUUUCGCAACGAAGGCAUUUGGCCACAUCGCGAGGGUCUCGAUUCGUUGGUUUACUUUCGCGAGCACAUAAGACCGGAAGUAUUUGCCGAGAGGAAAGGCCUUAUAGCUUCGCAACACGAGGAGUGGGGCAAGUUCCGAUCAGCUGUGAAUCCGGUGUUCAUGCAGCCCAAAGGUCUCAAGGUCUACUACCAACCGCUGUCGAACAUUAACAACGAGUUCAUUGAGCGCAUCAAAGAGAUACGCGAUCCACAGACCCUAGAAGUGCCUGCCAAUUUCGAGGAGGAAAUGAGCCGAUUGGUCUUCGAGUCGAUUGCUCUGAUUGCCUUCAAUCGCGAACUGGGCAUCAUACGCAAGCAGCGUGAUAACAACGACGCCUUGAUACUGUUUAAAACGGCAAGGCAGACUUUUCAGUUAUCUUUUAAGCUGGACAUACAGCCCUCAAUAUGGAAAUUUGUAUCUACGCCCACCUAUCGCAAAUUAAUGCGUGCUUUGAAUGAGAGCUUAGACGUUGCCCAGCGCUUGAUAGAGGAAAGUCGUCUGGAUAUGGAGCGUCGCCGCCAGGCAGGAGAACAGAUCUCCCAAGCCAGCAUGAUGGAUCGAAUGAUGAGUAUUGAUCCGAAAGCAGCUGUUGUUAUGAGCCUGGACAUGCUUAUGGCCGGUGUCGACGGCAGUUCCACGUUUUUGUCUGCUCUCUUGCUGUGCAUGAGCCAAAAUCCUGAGAAGCAGCAGAAGUUGCGAGAGGAACUGCUGCGUGUUAUGCCGACCAAGGAUACCGUACUGGACGAGGAAAAUAUGAAGGAUAUGCCCUAUUUGCGGGCUGUUAUCAAAGAGGCUUUGCGCUACUAUCCCAAUGGAGUGGGCACCUUCCGCCAGUGCAUGACAGACGUUACCCUUUCGGGCUAUAAUAUACCCAAAGGCACACAGAUUUUACUAGGUGCCAAUGCUCUGCUGAAGGAUGAAGCGUAUUUCCCACGUGCCAAUGACUAUCUGCCGGAGCGCUGGCUACGUGAUCCACAGACCAACAAGAAGAUCCAGGUCACUCCGUUUACGUAUCUACCAUUCGGCUUUGGACCUCGCCAGUGCAUUGGCAAGCGUAUUGUCGAUCUUCAAAUGGAGACUACACUGGCCAAAAUCAUUCGCAACUUCUAUGUGGAGUUCAACUACGAUGCAUCCAAGCCGUAUAAGUCGCUAUUCCUAAUGGAACCAGCCAUUGCUUUCCGCUUCAAGUUUACCGACGUGGAGAAAUGAAGCAAAUCGAUUAUUUUUUUAAUUUGUAUAUAAAUUUUACUUAUAGAGGUGUUAUCAAAACUAUG